AUGGGUGUCCCUGCUUUCUUUAGAUGGAUCAGUAAUAAAUAUCCCAAGAUCAUUUCACCGGUGGUCGAAGAUAACUCCGAUUUCGACAACCCUAACCCCAAUGGAGAACUCGACAACCUUUAUCUCGAUAUGAACGGGAUUGUUCAUCCAUGUUCCCACCCGGAAAAUAAACCUCCUCCAGAAAAUGAGGCCCAGAUGAUGCUUGAUAUCUUCAAGUAUACGGACCGUUUGAUCAAGAUGGCCAGGCCUCGUAAAGUAUUGAUGAUUGCUAUUGAUGGGGUGGCUCCUAGAGCAAAGAUGAACCAGCAACGUUCAAGAAGAUUCCGGUCCGCCAGAGACGCGAGAAUUAAAAAAGAGCAAAUUGAAAAAGAAAUGGAUUAUAAACGAUCGUCAGAAAUCUUAAAGGGGAAAAUUAUUGAUGAUUCGGUGAAAAGCGAUCACGUUCAUUGGGAUUCCAACGCCAUCACCCCGGGAACCCCAUUCAUGGACAUUCUUGCCCUGUCUCUUAGAUACUGGGUGGCAUACAAAUUAAGCCACGAUGAUGAUUGGGCAAACUUGCAAGUUAUCUUGUCCGAUAGUUCGGUACCUGGGGAAGGGGAACAUAAAAUCAUGAACUUUAUUCGGUCGCAAAGACUCGAUCCCCAAUAUAACCCUAAUACCACCCAUUCGAUUUAUGGGUUGGAUGCCGAUUUGAUUUUCCUUGGGUUAGCGACUCAUGAACCACAUUUUAGAAUCUUGAGAGAAGACGUGUUUGCCAAAUUUUCUCAAGGUUCAAAUAACCGGAAUUUGAGUUUACAAGAGCAAAUGUUCAUGUCAGAGGAAGAAAAAAAAGAGAUCAAACGGAAAGAGAGUGAAAAACCAUUUUUGUGGUUGAAUACCCAUAUCUUGAGAGAAUAUCUUAAAGUGGAGUUGAUGACAGGGAUCCAGAUACCCCAACUUCACCGGAACUUGGAUUUUGAACGAUGCCUUGACGAUUGGAUUUUUCUUUGUUUUUUCAUUGGUAAUGAUUUCUUGCCAAGUAUCCCAAGUAUUAGUGUCAGAGAUAACAGUAUUGAUAUGUUGGUGCAGCUAUGGAAACAGAACUUGCCAUAUUUAUUCAACAACAAGAAGAAAUUUAACAAUGAUUAUUAUUUGACCCGUGAUGGGGAGAUCAAUUUACCAGCGGUCGAAGUGUUAUUGAAAAGCCUUGCGGCGAUGGAAGACGGGAUUUUGCGUAAAAAACAUUCUCAAGAAGUUGCCCAGGCAGAGUUCGAGAAACGCAAGAAGGUAAUGAGAGAUCAGAAUAAGAAUUCGGUGUAUAAAGGCUAUAAAUUGAAUGAGGAUAAACAGUUUGUCAACCAAGCUACUGAAGCCAAUCAAAAUAUGGCGUUGUAUUCUGUCAGCGAUAAUAAGAUCAUUAACAAUGUCUCGGCUAAAGGAGCAAAAGAUUUGAUUAAAGACCAGCUGAUUGUUAAAAGCAAACAAACUUUAACUCUUGAAGAAUCUAAUAAAAAAAGUCAAUCUGCAGCGGCAGCAUUGAGAGAACGUCUUGCGACCAAUCUGAAAAAGAGAAAAUUGGAAGAGACUGAAACUGAAGCUACUACUGAAGAUGCCAGUGAAGAACCAGAAUCAAAACAGGCGGCCAUCACCCAGGGAAAAGAUUCUUAUGAUCCAUCAGAAACCACUGGAGAUGAUGAAAAAAUUGCCUACGAAGUGCCUAAUUCGCAAACUGGUAAAACUUAUGAUAAUUAUGACUUAAUUAGAGUUUGGGAACCAGGUUACAGUAAUAGAUAUUACAAAAUCAAAUUCAACCUUGUCGAUGAUGAACAAGUGUUACCAUUCAAGAAACAAUUACUUUACCAUUACCUUGAAGGGAUAUCCUGGGUGUUACUUUAUUAUUACCAAGGCUGCCCAUCAUGGAACUGGUAUUAUCCUUACCACUAUGCGCCAUUCGCUUCGGACUUUGGUUGUUUGGAUUUCCAAAAAGAUGUGAAGAUCAAGUUUGACGAAGGUACGCCAUUCAGACCAUUUGAACAACUCAUGAGUGUGUUACCGGCAGAUUCGUCUCAUAAUUUACCGGAAGUUUUCCAUGAUUUGAUGAAGAAUGCCGAUAGUGAAAUUAUCGAAUAUUACCCAGAACACUUUGAUAUUGAUAUGAACGGGUCGAAAAUGCCAUGGCACGGAGUCCCGUUAUUGCCAUUCAUCAAUGAAAAGAAACUUCUUCAUCAUGUGUCUUCGAAAUACGAUUUGUUGACGGAAGCCGAAAGUUUCAGAAAUCAAAAUCGUUCAGAGCUUAUUCUUAUCAGUAAAAAAAAUAAGUGGUACAAGACCUGGGCUAAAGAAUUGUUUGAAGAAGGAAAAGACAAGAUUUCAUUUGGAGCGAAGAAAACUAACAUUUCGGGAAUUGUUGCUAAGAGCCCGGAAUACGAUUUUGUAGGAUCAACAGAGUUCCCACUUUAUGAGAAUUGUGAAGAUAAUCCGUUCCCAGAUACCAUCAACAACCAAUUAUUCAUCAAGGUGGGGUAUGACUUCUAUUCGAAUGUCGAUGGCAAGAGGAACAAAUCUAUGAUUCUCAACGGAUACAUUGAUCCAAUCCAAGUGCUUACUCAAGAUGAUAAAAACGCCAUUCUUUAUGGAGGUCAAGGGUACGCGGUGCGUCAAAAGAAAGGGUUUACACAUCAACAAAACACCCAUAUUAACUUUGCCAUAACCGUGGGGCCACCAAAGGGGAAAAUCAACAUUUAUCAUAAUAGACCUGGGGGCUAUCUUGGGCUAUUGAGGAGUAAUGAACAGAGACAAAUACAUGAAAGACAGUUGAAUUCCGGGGUGGAUUUAUAUAGUCAAAUGCAACAACACAAUUUCCAAAACCCCGUCCCAGGGCCGGGGUAUAAUGGUGGACCUGUUCAUGGUGGACCUGUUCAUGGUGGACCUGUUCAUGGUGGACCUGGCUAUGGUGGGCCAGGCUAUGGUGGUCCAGGCUACAAUAACUUCAACCAAGGAAGAGGUGGGUUCAAUGGCAGAGGCCGCGGCAAUGGGUUUAAUAACAGAGGUCGUGGUGGUUACAAUAAUCGAGGAGGAUACAACCCAAGAGGCCGGGGUAAUCUUACUGGUGGUCCGCACCGCCAAGGGUACCUUCCACCAAACAACCAAAGACACUUCUGA